AUGUUUCGUCUGCGGACACUUCGACCUGGUUGCGUGGGACCACUCCGCCUGGCUGGGGCGCGUCUACUUUGGUGGGGUUACAAGGAAAAUGAACUCCACCGACUAGCUCGUCAGCGGCCGUGGUGGGAAAAUGCGGCGAUUUUUGCCGGGCUUCUCUGCUUUAUUCAACUCACUAGUUUAUGCUACUAUUUUGGCAACCGCCUGUACCAUGCCUGGAGGCCGUCUGGCAAUAAUCUCUACGUUAAUAAGGCGAUGGAUACGAAGGUUUUUGCGCGUCCUGACUUGUCUGUGGCGGCGGUGCGCAUGGUUAUUCAUCACGUGCUCUCAGGCACCCAGACGCCAUUUGGAGCCCCCAUGGUGUAUCCGGAAUACAUGCGCCCCGAGGCAGAGGAGCUAAUGAAGUUUGUCUUUGAGUUGCACCGUGAGCAGCCCAUGUUCUCCAUUCCUGAUCUCUGGGCGAUGCUGUCCGCAAAGGCACUUGCGCGCCUGGGUGGGCCAAACAUUUCUGUGCGUCGCGGCAGACCAAACCCCCCGGAAGACUUCACAAUGGAGGAGCUUCUGGUCGAGACACGCUCGCUCGUGCCGGAGGGAAAACGCGACGUACUCGCAAUGAAGCGGUUGCUUGCGGGGCAAGGGUUUUCUGUAGAGGAGAUUGUUGGCAUGGUUGGUGGGAUUCGGACGCUGGGCUUUCAUGAAAGUUCAGGAUUUCACACACAAGAGGAGGUGAAGCCACAGAUGCGCCGACACCCAAGAUUGAUGGGACCGCAGGAGGACGCUUUUCACCUUCCCGAGACGGUGGAAAAGUGCACUUUAGACCCCUACGUCUUUGGUGGAGAAUAUUUUGAUCUUCUCUUGGAUUAUAACUGGAUGCAGCGAAAACGUAUUGGUUGGCGGAGUGGCCCCUUUCGCUGCGAUGAGAAGUAUCGCAAACGUGACAUAACACUUCUGGACCCUUUUUCAGAGCAAGCCGUGAUGCGGGAGCGGAAACGUCUGCAGGCGCAAGAACAGGCACGGGAGGCGGUGGAGCGGGCGGCUCAGAAGCGAGAGCAGGUCCGUGUCGCUGAGGAGGAAGAAUCCGAGAUGGGGCGUGCCGGUGAGGCGCAGUUCAUUCCUGGCGUGGAAACGCAGGAAACUGUGGAGGAUGACAGUGCCGACGCCGUUGGUUCGGUGGUGGUGCCGGAGUUCAAAAGUCCCUGCUCAAGUGUAUCGAUGCGUGAGAUGGACAUGAUGUUGCUGGACGACGCACUCUUGACUGGGUGGCUGCACCGCUUUAGCGCAAAUGAGAUUCGUUUCUACACCGUCUUUGGUGGCGUCAUGGAGAAGAUUCAGGCCCAGGGCUACAACCUUAACUCUCUUUACAUUUCGGCGUGA